AUGAACUACGAAGAAUAUGAUUACUACUACAGACAUGAGGAAUUCACGCAGCAGGACCUGAAUGUAUUGAUAUAUUUGCUGCCUAUGGCAGAGCAUUACAAAUGGAAGUUCAUCUCUAACAGGCUUUCGAAGCUGCGUUCGAAGAAGGUGAACCUGGACUUCUGCUACAGAAAGACGAACGAGAUGUUCAACCUUCCAUCAGAUGCCGGUACCAACAAUGGCCAUUUCCAACCUCCCGACCCCAAUAGCGUGAGUGGCUUGUUGGGAACAAGCAUACCGUAUCUUUGUCACAUGGAUGAGCAAAGUGGGCCAUAG